UGUGUCCCUCAGACACAGUGGAUCACCGAUCACGGAAAGAGCCGAAGUUGUCGGCUUGGUCAUGUGAUUAGCUGUGUCCAAUCACAGCUAAUCACAUGGGACAUGUACACUGAUCAUCAGGGCACUGAUGAUCAGUGUGCCCUGAUGAUCAGUGUAGCCCCAGCAGUGCCACCUGUCAGCAUCCAUCAGUGCCAGCUGUCAGUGUCGAUCAGUGCCACGUGCCAGUGCCUAUCAGUGCCAAAUCAAUGCCACAUAUCAGUGCAUACCAGUGCACAUCAAUGCCACAUAUCAGUGCCCAUCUGAGCUGCCUUUCAGUGUCAUCCAUCAGUGCCAGUCAGUGCCACCUAUCAAUGCCAAUCAGUGCCACCUAUCAGUGCUGCCAAUCAGUG